GCUGUACAGUUAUUGUAAAUUAGUCAACAAUAAUGUACUGCACUGAGCUUCAGCAGCAUUCCUGCAAAUUCCUAAUGACCGAGAUUAAAAAAAACUAUUCUUAACACUAUUAUUCUUAAGAACAUAAAUGAGUUGAGUUUUAAAGAUCACACUUCUAAGUGCUAAUAUGCUUAUGCAGUCAAGUGUGGUGAGCUCUAUAAUUAGCUGGCCAUCAUUUAAACGCUUACACAAGACGUAUAAACAACAACUAAAAAUAUAAUCUCUGCCACCGUUGCUGUAAUGUUUUUGCUCUGAACUUCUGUCCAUUAAAAACAGACAUAGAUUUCAAUCUGUAAACAAAUGACAAAUGUAAACAAAACACAGGGAAUUGAUUUUGAAACAGCUAAUGCAAGCAAAAUAUGUAUAAAAGUCAGGCAGAAUCGACAAGUUUAAUGUCUGAACAAGAUGCUACACACACAAAAAUGCUGGAUUGUUUUCAAUCCAUGGCUGGGUCAAAUAAGGACAAACCAUCUUGCCGGUUUCUAAAUUUGCCUAUGCUGGGAUGUUUCAGUCCAAAAUGAUGGGUUGUUUAAAUAAAUUGUACAAAUAUAAAUAUUACUUUUGUUAUAAUAAACCAACAGUUGUGUUUGGCCAUAUUUGUCCCAACCAUGAAAACAACCCAGCUUUUUUAGAGUGUUCACCCCAAAAGAAUACACAAAGUGCUAUAUUUCACACAAACCUUUUUGUUUCUUUUGUAUUAACCAUUUUAUUAUCCUGCAAUGCCAACCUGAAUCUGGCAAUUCAGAAAAUAUAAAAGUUUGUAAGCUUCAUUGUGCGUUCACUUGACCUCAACAUAACAGCUAUUACUAUAAAUAAGGAACAGGUAUUCACACAGUGACUUGUUUGUCUCGUAGCCUUGACACAUCUGUAACUUGACACAGCAAAUGCAGGCUAACAAUUUAACCCAGUGACAAACUAAGGCUUUCCUAAACAAAACUUUGUUAAAAAACACGUAAAAAGGGAAGUACAAUUGGCACAUAUUUCAAGAACACUUAAAUGCUGAUAAAAGCAUUCCUAAAUUGGUUUCCUAAAUAGUUAUGUAUAAACAUACUUUGAUAUUUGACGUCUUUGGUAUUGGUUAUUUUCUAGAAGUAUAUACAGUAUUUGCAACAUGUAUUGAUGGUCAUAGCAAUACUGCUUUGUUAAACACCUUUUUCAUAGUCUGCUUCUUCAAGAGCAGCCAUCAGUAAGAGGUUAAAAAUCUUUGCACCCUGCACAUCACGUGAGCUCUCCAGAAACACUCUGACAUUCGGGUGUGGGGUGACAGUUAAGAGCCGUUCUCAGUGCAAGCAGGUGUCCAGUGUACUGCACAAGACAUUUAGGACAAAUAACUUUCAGCCUGGAUACCAUAUUGAUAUAUAUUUUUUUAAAACAUUGAGAAGUGGAUCCAUCAUGGCAGCAGCCAGUGUGUCCAUGUCAGGUUCCACUGGCACGGAAUUUGCUGACUACAGUCUCUACAGCAACCUGUCUGAAGAUGAACUCUUACAACUAGCAAUUGAACGCAGCCUGGCCGAUGCCCAUAGCAGCGGGUUGGGGACUGAAAGCACAAAUACCACCACUGCUUUAAACAGACCAGCAUCAUCAGGCACAGUUCCCCCAUCACAUCAUGCUCAGCAGAAGCCUACACCAGCUGCACCAGCUCAACCAUAUGUGUGCCCUGCCAAUCCACCUAUGAGAGAACUAACAAACUCAGAUGCUGUGUCUUCGGUCAGCCACUUCAUCACUGGUUAUGGCAAGCGGAUGGUGGCCUAUCGAAGAUAUGACGGCUCUUUUCAGGUCACAUCUGAACCCGAAGACGAGACGGAUCCUCUUGUUAAGGCCAUUUGGGAAGGUGAUGUAGGGACAGUGAGGCUAAUGGUUAAACAGCCUGGGUGCAACCUUCUUACAGCAAACAGAUUUGGAUGGAUUUCUCUGCAUGAGGCGGCAUAUUAUGGACAAUGUCAAUGUAUUAAAAUUCUAUUGAAAGCUCAACCUGGGAUGGUUAACCAGCGCACUUUAAAGGAUCAGACUGCUUUGUUGUUGGCUGUGAGCAGGGAUCAUCUAACAUGUGCAGAGUAUCUUCUCGAGAAAGGGGCUGACCCUGAUAUCACCAAUAAAGAAAGGGAGACUCCACUAUACAAAGCUUGUGAAAAGGAGAACCCAGCGAUGGUCGCCAUGCUACUGAAAUACAGCGCAACAGUGAAUAAGAACUGAAUUCAAGGCUGGACCGCUCUCCACGAGGCUGUGUGCAGGAACAAUGUGGAAAUCUGUGAGAUACUUGUGAAAGCUGGAGCCAAGGUCAGCAUACCCAACGUUUACGGAAUCACACCUAUCUUUGUGGCAGCCCAAAGUGGAAAGGUGGACACACUUCGGUUCCUUUUAAAAAAUGGUGCUGAUCUUAACAGCCAGGCGGCAGAUGGAGCCACAGCACUCUACGAGGCCUGUAAGAACGGCCAUGAGGACAUUGUUGAGUUCCUUCUAUCUCAAAAUGCAGACACAAACAAGCCUGGCAAAACAGGACUGCUGCCAAUUCAUAUCGCUGCACAGCGUGGCAAUGAUGAAAGAAACCUCAUGACUUAUGGGUGCACCCCCAAAAUUGUAAGGUCAACUAAAAUAGUAUCUAUGCUGAUCCCAGCCACAAGCAAAGCCAGGGUGAGACGAUCCGGUAUCAGCCCCCUCCAUUUAGCAGCGGAGCGCAAUAGAGACGAUGUUCUCGAGCUGCUGAUCGAGGCUGGCUUCGACGUCAACGCCAUGCUGUCAAAGGAUCGUUCGAAAAUGUACGAGGAUCAACGCAGUACAGCUCUGUAUUUUGCUGUCAUAAACAACAACAUCGAGGCCACCACCAUGCUCCUGGAGGCUGGUGCCAAUCCAAACCUGGACACGUUUAGCCCUCUCCUGGUAGCCCUGAGGCAGGGUUGCAUACACACAGUGACUCUGCUGAUUGAACACGGUGCUAACGUGAACGCCAACAUCCCCACCCACCCCACUACCUUUCCAGCCACUGUUAUGUUCUGCAUGAAAUACCUGACCUUACUGAAGUAUCUGAUGGACUUCGGCUGCGACGCCCUGUCAUGUUUCAAUUGCGUCUAUGGUAACAAUCCUCAUCCGCCGAUAAAGAUGACACGUCAUCGGCUGGAUGACAGAGAUGAACAAACGGAAAAGAUCUGUGUUCAGUUCUGUGACGUGAUCUCCACUGAAAACUACUGCCGCUGGGCAGGGCCGAUAAUAGACGUCCUCCUUGACUACGUUGGCCAUGUGAAACUAUGCUCGAGACUCAUGGAACAUCUGGAAAGUUACCCUGACUGGAACUGCAUCAAAGUCAAAGCUACACCUCCACGCCCACUGCUGCAGCUCUGCAGACUGAAAAUCCGCAAACUGCUUGGGAUGAACAGACUAAAGGAAAUCCACAAGCUUCCAGUUCCUCCAAGGCUAAUCAAAUUCCUAAAUCAUCAAGAACGAGAACACAUUUAGAAAGACAUUGAACAAUAAAAUACUUACAUUUGCUCGGAGCUAAAAUUAUGUUUGAAAAGUUCAUUUGCAAAAACAGAUCACUCUUUUUUUAUUAAUAUUGUGCAUUCCAAGUAAUUUCAAUUAAACUGCAGUUGGGUUGUUUUGAUAAGCAGUAAUAACUAAAAAUACAGCUACUAACACAAUAAAAAACAUGAUUUAUGAAAAUUAAUGAAAAGAAAAAAGUUAUUUGUUUUUGCACAAAUAUAAGACUAACUGUAUACAACAAUGGUUGCAAAAUGCCACAAACGCUCAUGUGUAAUUAUCAGGCCGAAGCAGAAUUUAGGGAACAUGUUUAAUAUAUUGCUGCUGUCCUUCUGAAACCUUGUUUUUACAUAUUUUGUGAUUUUUAUUCUUUGCCAUAAGUUAUUAUUAUUAUUACUCAACCUUUAUAUUUGUUACUGGGUUUUGCAAAUAUCUAACCGAUAUUAAGUAUUAAAAAGUGCUUGUCUACUUUGGGAACUAUGUAUUUAGUCAUUUAAAAAGUAGUGUUCUUUUCAUAUCCUUAAAAACAGCGAAUCUGGAGUCUUUCUAAAGUUUCAGAAGGACAUUGAAGCUAUGCAUUUAGUGGGUACAUUGUACUUUCUUUUUUCUGUGUGUAUAUAUGCUUAUUUUAAAAAAACAAGUUUUGUUAUGGGAUGUGACAUUAAAUGCCAUUGAAAUUUUACUAAUAGAGCUUGUUAAUCGACAUCACGCCGCGUUGAAUAUUGCGCCAUCUUGGGAGGACGGAUGCUAGUGCGUUCAAUGCAGUGUUUUGUUUUUCUUGUUUGAUUAGGAAAUAUGGUAGGUCGGUCUUGCUGUGUUAAAAACUGCAAUAGCAUUAUGCAGAGUCAUUCAGGAAAAGCCCAUGGUAAUUUCACUUUCGAUUUCUCCACAUAUCAAACAAAACAAGUAACGGUACAUAUCAAAAUAAUAGCCAUGGAGUAUAUCCUCCCAAGAUGGCGAUGCCACUGCAACAUAGGGCGUGACGUCAGCUUCAAAAUCUCUAUUGCAACAAAGUAAAAAUAGUAGUAUUGAAUUGUAUAAGUAUAAAAUUGGUAGUAGGUAUGAAUAAAUAGGUAGGCCUAUUUGUACAGUUUUGUUUAAAAUAAACGUUUUUAUUUUGCCAUUGUUUAUUUGCAAAGCAGGGCUUGGGUGAUAAAAAACAGCCAGAAAUCAUAGUUAGAAGCACAAAAGCCAACACUAAGUACAUCACAUUCUUUAACUGAAAUGGCAUUUAUGUAUAUUAGCACUUGAUUUCUUCUAACGGAGCGAGUGCUUUAUCUUAAAAGAGGUGCUACAGUGUACAUUGUUCGGCAAUAACACUUGGAUUUACCAAUAAAGU